AUGGCCGAGAUAGAGAUGGAUGUCGAUUUGGCGCCGUCGAUCAAAUUUGACGACCACGCCGACGACGAUCUCAUCGACUACGACAUCGAUACGACCGAAGACCACACCCACGACCCGUGGCCAUCACACCAUGAUGAACAAACGUCAAACGCACCAGAGCAUGUGAGCUCGACCGAAGAACAUGUAGGUAUCGAAACGGAAAACACCGAAGCCGGAUACGACCAAGUCCAGAUUCAAUAUGCAGAGGCGGAGCAGUCUCAGGUCAUUCUGGACCGUUCUCGUUUCCCUGAUGGUACUGGUGAUGAAGCACAUGAGCAGCCAAAAGCAGCUGUUACAGUAUAUGAGGAGGAGAUUCUCACCAUGGAGGAGGAACAGCCGAAAGUUGCCCCUGUCACUGAAACCGAACAUGCAGCAGAUGAAAUCGACUACGAGGACAACGACGUUACUGUGACGCACGAGUCAACACAUGAGGCGGAUGAAGAAGAGAAUCAUGUGGACGACAUCGCCGCCGCAGACGGGGUUGCCACUGCAGAGCCUGCAGUUGCGGAGCCUGCCAUGGCAGAGCCCUCCGGUCCCUCACAACCAACGGAACAACCGGCUGGCGACGUGGAGGUGCCAGAAAUAGCGGCUCAGGAUGACGAAGAUGAGAUAACUUGGGAGCGCGAGUAUGACCAGACGGGUGCUGUGAAGGGUGAUGUUGCGGCUGCCGCUGAUGCUCCUGCUGAGGCAACCACGCAAGAAGCAGAUCCCCAGAAAAGCGCAGAGUCCCAGAGCAGUGAUUCACACGAGCACGUGUUUGAGCAGCACGCCAAUGCCGCCGGGUCCGACUAUGAGGAACGUGUAAAGGCUGCCUCCCCAGAAGUAGAAUCCGUGGAACACCAAGAAGAUGACUCGCGAUCGCAGCCAGAGUCAAGUCCUGGGGGCGACCAUGAAUUCCCAGCAAUCACUGUGCAUUACAAGGGGAACGAGUAUUCCUUGUUUUCGCACGAGAAGACGGAAGGCUUCUUUUCUGACGUAUCUGUAAUGGAUCAGUCGAUGGAGUCUCUGCUCGCUGGCUUUCGUGCGGAGCUGGAGGACGAAAUUGCUGCACAUGAUGAACUUGUCUUUCAGGUUGAUGAGCUCGGCCUCGAGUUUGCAGAGGCCACGAUGCAGAACUCAAUCGCAAGUAUUACCUUCCGACAAGUGUUGGAAGUGUUUGACUUGCUCGUAAAGAACCAAGACCCCGAUAGUUCGCGCACCCUGUACACAUAUCUCUUCACCAAGCCGAAUCCUAGCAAGCGAUUCGAGUUCUUGGUCGAGAGUGCGGCCGCCAGCAAGGGGCUUGAUGAAGUGAUUUACCUGUUCGAGUCUCCUGCAGGUCACCAUCAUCAGACAGCCGUUGAGGUUGAUGAUGGAGAUGACUAUGAACAGGACGAGGACAGUGAAGCAAACGAAGCCACCGAAGCUCAUGAAAGCGCGGAGGACGGCGAUGAGCAUGGCGACGCUGACGCCGAGACUGAAGAGUCUCAGGUGUCAGAAGAAGAUGAGGACGAAGAGUCGACCUCGGCCGUGGAAGAUCAGCCUGCCGACACCGCGGGCCAAGAUGAAGAAGGGGAAGAGGAAGAAGUUGAAGAGGAUGAAGAUGAGGACGAGGAUGAGGCUGAAGACUUUAUGGAAGACGUUGAAGACUUUGCUGGAGAGGUCGAAGAGAAUGCGAACCAGGACGAGGGAGACUACAGUGAUAGCGGGGAUGGGGUCUAUCAACACGAACAGCUUCAGGCUGUAGUUGUAGAGGCAGCCGGUCAUGCCGAUGCCUCACAUGCUAAUGCCGAAGCCGAAGAGGCGCCAGAUGCCACAUAUUCAUACGACGAUGCAGAGGAGGACGCCGACGCCAACCCCUUUAUUCACCUAGAGCUUCAGGAAUCUGCAGGAGACAACGGAGGCGAAAUCCAGUUUGAACAGACUACGCAAACGGAAGCCGGCGACAAAGCGUCGCAAGAGGUUCCUAUGCACUCCAUUGACGAAUACGUUGAUGCCAACGAGGCCGACACCGGUACCACGAACACCCUGGCUGACAACGGCGAAGGCGCCUCUACUCUUCUGGAUAUGGGCACCGUGCAAGACCUAGAGCAAGAGAUUACAAACGAGGAUCUAGCCUUUGAGGACGAGAUGCCCGAGAUCGACUGGAGAGAUGAUGUAGAGGUUGCCCAAGGUGCCAGCAUCGACCUGCCGACGACAACCGCCGGCCUACCGAAGCGGCGCCGGACUGAGGAGGAGCAGGGCGAAGAAGACGAGCAAGCAACCGCGAAACACAUCUUCGCCAACCCAUCAUGUCCCGCACCCAGCUCUGGAUACAUCCCAAAGGGCGGGCUUGCCAUCUAA